CAAGCAAGCAACAAUGGCGGCCCAUUGAUCCAAAAGAUCAUGUUUCUCAGUUGUUGGACCCGACUCUUAGGCUUCGGUCAGUAUCCUUACUUUUGUGCUGCGGUGUGGUGCUGCCACUCUCCUUCUCCUUCCGUCUUCCCUCUCAUCGACUCCUCUGAAACUCUCCUCCUUCCGAUCUUCAUGACCUUCCUCGCCUCUCUUUCUUCUCAUCUCUCAUUGCCCUUUUCAUAUUUUCAUCAUUACGCCCAUUAAACACUUGGGGAACUUUCAAUUUCUCCAUUCUGUAAAUCUUCCGUUUUCCAGCCUCAAAAUUGGACUUUUCCUCCUGGAAGCUUGGAGAGCUCCCUGCGUAAGUUCAUUGCGGAUUUCUCUUCUUUCUGCCCAUCUAAUUCGCCGUGGAUUCUAUCUGCGUAAUUAGUCAAAAGGGUUUUCUGCCGUCUUGGUGUUUUCUAGCUGCAAUCAGUUCUUUUGCAGGGGGAUUGAAGAAAGCUAUUGCGUUUGUGGGUUCUGCCCAAUUUGUAGGGAAACAUACUUCUUUUGUUCCUGCAAUUGUUCUUCAAUAAUUGAGGAUAAUUGUUGCGGGUUUUAGGGUUUAUGGUUUUCUCUUGUGGUUUCUAGGGUCAUUUGUUUGAGGAACUCAAAGCUUGUUGGAAUUGGAUGCUUGAAAAUUAUUUUAAUUUAGGGUAUUUUGGCUGUGAAUUAGCUUCCGAUCUUGCCAUGAUACAUCUAAUUCAUAGGAUUCUGUAGGUUAUUUUCCCUUGGAUCAUUUGCCCAGUUUUUCCUUUCCUUUUUCCUUUCUUGACUUGAGAUCUACCAGUUUUGGCCGAGAAAUUGUGGUCUUAUGUAUUUUGGGUAAUCUUGAUGGACUGGUGGUCAAUAUUCAUAAACAGGUUGAUUUCAUAUAGUAGUUAUUGGGAUAAACGAUUCUGCAUCCAUUGGCCGUUUUCAUGGACUCUUGCACAUGUGAUUAGCAUUUAAGUUGAAUUUAUGUUGUUGAUUGUUUUAUGAAAAUUUUGGCCAAAAUGAUGGGACAUGGUAACUGUUUUGUGGAGUGGAAGGAGCAAUUUGUCUCACAAGAACGGGGAAACCGCGUGGUUCAUUAUUUUUUAAAGGAUUCUGCUGGAGAGUCUAUUCUUGCAGUUGUGGGGACUGAGAGGAGCGUCAGACACAUGUUUUAUGUUGUUGCUGACGAGUUCUUGCAAGCUCAUGGGAAGGAAAGUUCUGUCCAUGCUGGUUUCAAAUGGAGAUCGAGGAGAGAGGUUGUGGAUUGGCUUACUUCUAUGUUAUCCAAGCAGCAUUCUCCUGGGGAUCAUUCUGAGCCUUAUAAACUUGAUGCAAUACAAACACUGGGAUCUCUUCAAUUUUCACAUAGUGGCGUAGUUGUCCCACAAUCUGAUGUACCAGAUGAUAAGGUUCGCCCAUCAAGGAAUUCUAAGGGACUUGCAUCAGAUAUUGUAUGGUCCGGUGCUGCGUGGACUUGUGGUAAACGACUCAAGCAUUACCCAUCAUUUUGCAGGAAUGGGACUUCAAUCAUGGUACAAUCCUUUGUUUAUGUCAUGGCUAAGGGAGAAAACCACUAUCUAGCUUACCUAGAAGACAUGUACGAAGAUAAGAGGGGUCAGAAAAAGGUGAAAGUGAGGUGGUUUCAUCAUAAUCAGGAGGUAAAAGGUGUGAUCGCAUUACGAAAUUCUCACCCGAAAGAAGUGUUCAUCACACCAUAUGUGCAGGCCAUUAGUGUUGAGUGUGUUGAUGGUUCUGCAACAGUCUUAAAUCGUGAACAUUACGAAAAAUGUGUGAAUGCCUUUCCUCAUGAUGCACUUUCCAAAGUUCAUCUUUGCUAUAGGCAGUUCAAAAGCAACCGAUUAAAACCAUUUGACCUGAGUAAAUUGCGUGGUUAUUUUGAUCAGCCGGUCUUCUCUUGUUUGAGUCUCAAUGUAUUAUCAAAAUCUGAGCCCAUUUUUGAUAGCUUGACUGGGGAAGACGAUGAAGAUUUGGACCCAGAAAAUAGUGUUAGACCGAAAGUUAAAAGGAUAAGAAAUGCUAAAGGAUGUAGAACAUUUGAGUUAGAAAAUGCAAAAGUUAGAAAGUCUGGUAGUCGUCGGCACAUGUUGACUCAUAAAUCUUGCCAGAAGCAUAAUUACAGCUUUUUAGGCGGUGCGUUUCUGUCACAUAAACGUGUUUUGGAUGAUAAUGACCCAGCGUAUGAGGUCAAUGAGAAGAUAGAAUUACUGUGUCAAGAUAGUGGCAUUCGAGGCUGCUGGUUCAGGUGUACGAUCUUGCAUGCAUCACCAAAACAGAUUAGAGUACAAUAUGAUGAUUUGCAAGAUGAGGAUGGCUAUGGCAACCUUGAGGAAUGGGUUCCUGCUUGUAAAGUUGCUCUACCUGAUAAACUCGGCAUGAGGCACCCUGGUCGCCUAAUUACAAGGCCAGCUCCACAAGAGCAAAUCGAGCUCACCCUUGAUGUCGGAGUUGCAGUCGAUGCAUGGUGGAGUGAUGGCUGGUGGGAAGGAGUCGUUACUGGCCUAGAUGAUUCAGGCAAGGACAACGUGGAUGUUUACUUUCCAGGUGAAAGCUUAUUCUUGAACAUACCUAGAAUCAAUCUACGAAUAUCGAGAGAUUGGUUCAAGGGCCGCUGGAUUAACAUUGAGGCAAAACCAUCUAUACUUUCAACAAUAUCCAACAUUAAUACAACAGAUGAUAAACAUUCCAAGUCUGUUACUCAUAUCAAAUCCAGUAGUUUAGAUAUGUCGAGCAUUGAUGCAAAUGCUGUCACUGAUUUUAGUCACGUAAAGGAGGAGACACUCGAGGAAACUGCAUUAGCUAGUCUUGAAAAGCUUCGUGAAGCAAACAACGGGCAGAAGCAACUCUCAUCAGAAGAUGACCAGAGUGAUGAUGAUAUGGUUGACGCCAAAAACACUACCCAUAGUUUGAAGGACAAUGAUGGAGAAGGUGAUAAUAAUACUAGUAGUGAUAGUGAGGAUGAUAAUGAUGAUAAUAGCAAUGGUGUUAAAUCAGAAAUGGAUUCCAUGGAAACUUUUGAACAGAACUGUAGAGAGGAAGAAGCAGAGGAUAUGGAUAUGGAUAUCGAAGGUUGUUGUAAAUAGUUUGGUUGGUUGGUGGGGGUGAUGGUGGCGCUGGUGGAUAAAGCUAACUUCAUAGAUCAAUUUCACUUGGUGCUCUUCCUUAAUAUGUACAGAAUUAAGGUCAGGUACCAUAUCGGUGAGCUGUGUCAAGUUCUGAUUUUAUAGGUUUAGUUGAGAGUAUGUAAGAUGUUUCCUCAUCCUUCUCUCAGUGAUGUAACAAAACUAUCUUUCAUGGAUUACUUCUUUGUCUUGGAUUUCAAGGACAUGUAAUGUAAUUAAAUCAGAUGAUUCUAAGUGUGUUUGUUUUAGUUAAAUUA